UCAAAAUGUUCAUAAAACGCGAGAUACUGGCGAGAAAACGGUGACUUGAUCCGUGAUUAGGAUAUAAGAAGUGUGUGCUACACAAAUUAUAUGACUAUCGUGUGAGAAUAAAACAUUGCACCAUGUGGGAUCAGAUAAUAGAAUAUUUAAAAGAUCCAUUGCUUGUUAUUAAAGUGCAAAACUUUUUUGGAGUUACGUAUAAAAGUAAUCAAAGUACGCAUAAUAAUGAAUCAUCCGAAGUGCUACAUUCCGAUAGACUGGAGCAUGUAAACGAGACUUCUGACAUCAAGCAGCACAAGAGAAUACCCAGUAAUAUAUCCAGCAGUUCGCAGUCGUCGUACGACACGGACAGCUCGGCGGACAGCAGCGCGAAGGACGCGGUGGAGUGCUCCAUAAACAACAGGUUCUGGUACUACCUGUUCGUGCUGGGCACCGAGCUGGGAGACGAGAUAUUCUACGCGACGUUCAUUCCCUUCUGGUUCUGGAACAUAGAUGGCGCGGUCGGCCGGAGAGUGGUGCUGGUCUGGACUGUAGUCAUGUAUAUUGGUCAAGGUUUCAAAGACAUAAUCCGCUGGCCUCGACCCGGCUACCCGGUGAAGAAGCUGCAGCAGAAGUGGGCGGUGGAGUACGGCAUGCCGUCGACGCACGCCAUGGUGGGCGUGUCCAUCCCGUUCUCCGUGCUGCUGUACACCAUGGACCGCUACCAGUACCCCAUACCGUGGGGGAUCCUCAUCGCGAUCUCGUGGUGCACUCUCAUCUGCGUCAGUCGCGUGUACUUGGGGAUGCACAGCGUUCUGGACAUAGCCGCCGGCCUGCUGCUAGCCACAGCGCUGGUGUCCAUCCUCAUCCCGCUGGUGGACAGCCUGGACGGCUUCCUGCUCACCUCGCAGCUCGCGCCCGUCCUCGUCAUAGCGCUCUCCAUUCUAGUCAUUGUGUACCAUCCUAAUGCCGAUAAGUGGACGCCUACCAGGGGCGACACGACCAUGAUCGUGUCGGUGUGCGCCGGCAUCCUGACGGGGUCAUGGACCAACUACCAGCUGGGCAACAUGCAGGCCAGCCCGCUGGACCCGCCCUACGAGAUCAUCUGGCCGUCCAAGGAGAUGCUGGGCUGCACCAUCCUGCGCACCAUCCUGGGCUUCUGCGGCGUGUUGGCCACGCGCGCCAUCGGCAAGUCCUGCUCCUACGCCUUCGUGUGCGCGCUGCUGGGCAAGGACAAGAACGAGCUGCGCAACUCCGAGAACAGCUUGGACAAUAAGAAUAAGAUUAUUGUCGAACUCAGCUACAAGUACUUCACGUACGGCAUGAUCGGGUUCAACACCACCUACGUGUUCCCCAACGUGUUCGACCUGCUGAAGAUCAACCGGCCCACCUACUACACGGAGAUCUAGCCCCAGUGCUAGCGCGGACUGCGCAUGCGCCGCCAGGGUACGCCGCACUCGACUGUUACCUGUCGAGACUCCGCGAUACCAAUGGUAUUUGUUAACCGCAUUCAAACUAAUUCCUUAGAACAUUUGUUGCUAGUGAUAAUGAAAGUUAAAAAAGACCUAAAACACGUUUGUAGUAAUUUCCUGGUUCCGAAGAUCUUAGGUGAGGUUCAUAAGUUCAGAACCAGGUAAAACCGUCGUGAUUUAGAUCCUUGCUGUAAGAUUGUGCAUGUAGUGUCACUGUGUCACUAAAUACACUAACACUGAACAAACGGUGAGUGUGAGUUGCGUGAAUGUGUGCGUUAAUAGAAUUCAUUUUCUAUUUUUCUAUUUGAUGAAUAUUUUCACAUAUAGUUAGAUUCUAUUUAUUACGGCACAAACGAUUCCGAUAAUUGUUAUUUUAUUGUAUAGUAUUUUUGUUCGCAUUUGAUUGCGGAUAGUGUGAUGUUGUGCCUUUAGAGGGCGCUGAUUGUUAGCACGACUCGCUUCAAACGCACUGGAAAAGUACAAUAAUUUAAAUAGUUAACGCAUACAAUUUUAAAUUCAUGCCUUCUUGCCAUUCAUGAAAAAAACCUCUGCGCACUCGGUGAUUCAAAAAUCGCCUUUCAACUGUAAUAUCCACAUAUUGAGUGGGCUCUUCUUAAAUCAACGCUUUCCUUUAAUUAUACAUCUUCUAUUGCAUAAUUUUAACUCUUUGUUAGUUCAACGUGAUUUCACACUUAGUUUCAGUAUGACGCACGACAAGAUGCAUUUUAUUUAGUUAGCAGCGGCAAUACAAAACACAACCGUCGUAUUUUAAGACCGUCGCAUACUAUGAAUUAUGAUGGUAACAUACAUUUUGCCUUCCCGUCCUUUGUUCUUGAGCCCAUAAGCUGGCCCAACCGGCCAAACUAAUAACGCAACAAAGCCCCUUAAUGAUGAAACUUAAAUCUAGCCCUCUUGUACUGUUUUGCCUUAAUACGAACUGUCGAGGCCGAACCUUGCAGGAGAUUAUCGAAUGUUGCUCACGUAGGAAGCUUAUAUAUUUUCUCAGGAUUGAGAUCGGAGCAUCACAACGUAACAAAUCCCCAGGACCUAGUGCAGGCAAAGCCGAAGUCAGGACCUGUGUCAGUGUACAUUAACCAUAUUGUUGCAAUAUAUCUUAUUUAUUUCGUUUGCCUCGAAUCUAUCUUUUUAUAUAAAAACGAUAAAUAACAGGAUAAAAUGUAAAUAAACUGUUGGCAACACAGUUCGACGCGGUACGCGGUGCUGAUUGAAUGAGACAACCGUGAGAAACUUGCCACAAAUUAUAACGUUUUAAAUGCAACCUGGCGAGAAAUAAAGUGAUUGAUCAUGCAAUCACUGUAUACCAAUAAAAUUCUGAUUUCCGAAAGGUUAAGAUGCAAAUUAAAAAAAUAAUAAUUAAGGAAUGUUGUCCCACGUAUUUCCAAAAUAAAACGCUUAAGGUCAUUACUCAGGGUGUUAAUGAUCGAUUGCGAUAUCAGGAACGUCUUAACGUCAAUUGUUUCCGCACUUAGUUUUUAUUUUUUAUUUAUUAUUCCCUACUAGAUCGUUAGUGAAAAGUUAAUUGAAAUAAUAAUUUUAACGCGUUUAAAAAUAUUUAUAGCUAGUAAUUACUCCAAUAAUAUUUAAUGUUUAAUCGUAUUGUUCAUUAAGAAAUCGAUUAAUGGCUUCUACUAAAUACCACAACAUAUUUUUAAGAAUGUGGGCUGGAAAAUCCUUAAUUUGACUUUAAAUUAGAAGGAACUAAUAGCUAAGUUCCGCUCUCCUGGCGUGGAGAACAGGGUACUUAGAUUUAGGUAACUGUCAAUGCCUAUUAAUGCAAUACUUUCCAAAAUGCGUAACUAUUUUUAGUUCCUAAUAUUUAGUGAAAAUAACAUCAAUUUGGUCAUCAUUUUCAUAGUUCUGUUUAUAUUUAUGAAGGUUUAUAAUUAUAGUGUGUAUGUGUUGUAUUUUUUAGGUUCCAAUGUAUUGGUAAUUACGGAGAUAUCCGCUGCGGUUAGCAGGGUUUUACAAUUCUUAUAAAAUAUGCCAAUGUGGGUUUUAUCCUAACACCCUAGUUCCAAGAGUCACAAGCUGAUUUAACAGUAUACUUUACAGGGCUGUACCCGUACUACCGUCUUUACGAAACUGCUUUUAUUUUGGGAAGACAGAUAGUGGCAGUUUUGGUCCUAAGUUUCUUCCUUAUUGUAUGAAAUAUGUUAAAGUCAUAAAAGGCCCACGAGGCAGACACCUCCUGAUCUUUAUUUCAAGAGUCUGUAGGUUAUCGCUCGUAACGCCGUCUACGCGUAGGUACGGCAUACAGGGAAAACGAAACGAAUUAGUUUUCCUUGCACAGAAUUUCUAAUUAAAUCCUAGUAACAAUCCGUGUUGAUAUUCCUAGACUGGCCUUUGUAUUUUCCACAUUGUAAAAUAUGGUAAUCUGUAAACUAACUGUGCAUUGCGUUUUUAAGGUUUUAUUUGAAACUUAAAUCUUAUAAGACAGUUUUAAUCCAAAAAGAUACCUGACGACAAUAUCUAUACAAAUUUAUCCUUGGUCUAAAUCGUAGUGGGUAUUUUACAUAGGGUUGUUUACAGAUGUUAAUUUUGUAUUAGGAACACGAUAAAAUUGUAGUGAAAUAAUAUUUUAAUUAUAUUACUGAUGAUGCCUGUCGAUACGAGAUGUACUGAUCUUUACAUGUAAAAAAUUGUCAGCUUGUGACUAAAAUGUAAAAAUACUAACAACGAUCUCAUUCGUUCGAAACAAAAAAUUAAUAUAUAUUGUUAACAUUAAAUAAAACGAUUCCAUGAAACAUUAAAUGAAAUGGAGCUUUAUAGCGAAAGCAUAUACGUACACACUCGCAAGCGAUUAUCAAUUAAAGGUUAAAUCUUCGACUACCCUCAUAGCAUAAUUUACAUUGUGAACAAUUAUGCGACUAUCACAAUUACAUCACAUUAGACUAGCUUUACUAUUUUCUUAUAUUCAAGACUAUAUUUGAAUGUGUUAGGAGCAGAGUCGUGCUAGCGCGGUGUGAGUGAAACAAAUCUCGUACGUUUAUCAUUCCAGUGCCUGAUUUACAAUGACGAUAGUCUACGGUAAAUAAUGUUAUGUUGAAUAAUCUAUAUUUUAGUAAUGUCGUUACUGUUUGUACGACGACGUACUGUCGACACUUAUUGUGAUACAUUUUAAUAUUGAAUUUUACUGCCAUACAAUAAAUUAUUUGCACUAAA